UGCUUCUUCUCCAAUCUUCAUGGCGAAAAUUCAUAGUUCAUAUUACGGAUUUUCCACAAUAGAAAAGUAGUUGAAUUUCCCUAUUUUAUUCCAAUUUUUAAUUACCGAAAGUCAAUUUAAUACGGUACUAAUAAAGGAUUCUAGUUAGCAAAUUAGGGUUCGAAAUUUUUUUAGAAUUUCUUUUCCGUUGAAUAAAUUUUUCUAUCUCCGGAUUUCGGAACAAGCAUUUUUGGGUCCAAAUGGAUGCUGCUCGAUCUCAACAACGUUAUCAAAACGAAAUUAACUGGGACAAGCUUGACAAAACUAAGUUCUAUGUCUUGGGAGCUGGGAUUUUUACUGGCAUUACAGUUGCACUUUAUCCCAUUUCAGUUGUGAAGACGAGAUUGCAGGUAGCUGACCAUUAUGCUGCAGAAAAGAAUGCGUUUUCUGUGUUCAGAGGAGUUUUGAAAACAGAUGGGAUUCCCGGUUUGUAUAGGGGUUUUGGUACAGUCAUUACAGGUGCAAUUCCUGCCAGAAUUAUAUUUCUCACGGCAUUGGAGACCAUAAAAGUAGCCACCUUUCGGAUGGUUGAGCCAUUCAAAUUAUCAGAACCUACACAGGCAGCUAUAGCAAAUGGGGUUGGUGGCAUGCUGGCAUCGCUUUGUUCACAGUCUAUAUUUGUUCCAAUUGAUGUGGUUAGCCAAAGGCUAAUGGUGCAAGGAUACUCGGGCCAUGCUAACUACAAUGGGGGCCUAGAUGUUGUUCGCAAAGUCUUGAAAUCUGAAGGCAUUCGUGGACUAUAUAGAGGAUUUGGUCUCUCAGUUGUAACUUAUUCUCCAUCAAGUGCAGUAUGGUGGGCCAGCUAUGGUUCAAGCCAGCGCUUAAUGUGGACCCUCUUAGGACAUGGGACUGAGAAUGGUCAACCUGCUCCUAGCCAGGGAAUGGUAGUGUCAGUUCAAGCUGCUGGUGGAAUUAUUGCGGGUGCUACUGCAUCUUGCAUCACAACUCCAUUAGAUACCAUUAAAACACGUUUGCAGGUGAUGGGGCAUAAAAAUGACAGACCUAAUGCAAGACAAGUAGUUAAACAGCUGAUUGCAGAAGAAGGUUGGAGUGGAUUAUACAGAGGACUGGGUCCAAGAUUUGUCAGCAUGUCGGCAUGGGGUACCUCGAUGAUACUAGCCUAUGAAUAUCUGAAGCGCUUGUGUGCAAAGGAGUAAAUAAGGUUCGCGAAGCAGCUGACCUGUGAGAAAUUCCUUCAAUUUCUUUAACACCACAGUACCUCGCCUUGCUUGUGGUCUCGAUUUUGGAGUUAGAUACACGGUCAGAGGUAUUUGUAAAAUGCUCAUUUUUGCCGCAUUGUUUCAAGACAUUUAGCAGUCAUCUAUUGUUUGACUGGGAAGCCACUACUGAACGACAAAGUUUAGCUUCUUAGCAUUGUAGCAAUGAAUAGUUUCACAAUUCUUUUUUGAUGAAUACUUGAAAUAGUCAUCAAUCAAUUAUAUUACAUUAAUCUGAUGUGUAUAAGCAAAAUAAUACUAGGAAAAAUGUCAUUGAUCAUGGAACUUUCUGAUCAUGUAUCUCUUUACAAUAUUAUUCAGUUUUAAGAAAAUUUUAUUAUUUUAUAUCA